GAGCAGUGAGCCAGGGGCCGGCCGGCGGCGCUUCCAUGGGCAGGGGACGGCGAGACGGAGCAGCCGGGGCCGCGGGCGGCGGGAGAGGCUGAGCCGCCCCCAGCGAGAGUGACCUCCGCCGCCGCCGAGGGAGGGAGGAUGAGGCGCCUGUGGCUCGCCGUCUCCGUGCUCCUGUCCCUGGGCGGAGAGUGCAGGCCGGCAGGGCUGACAGACGAGCCUGGGGUGAGGCAGCACUGUGUGUCGGGAGCGUGUAACCCCCAGCUGGGCAACCUGGUGGCAGGCAGGCAUCUGAAGACCACGUCCACCUGCGGCGCCCACUCCACCGAGCUCUACUGCGCGUACACGGGCCGGGGAUGCAGGGCCCGCGCGGAGUGCGGCAAGUGCGCUUCAGGCCAGAGCCCGCGCCACUCCCACCCAGCCGCCGCCAUGACCGACUCAUCAUUCCGCUUCCCCCGCACCUGGUGGCAGUCGGCCCAGGGCAGGCACAGGGAAAGCAUCCAGUUGGACCUAGAGACACACUUCUACUUCACUCACCUCAUCAUCAUCUUCAAAUCGCCCAGGCCGGCCGCCAUGAUCCUCGAGAGAUCGCAAGACUUUGGUUCCACCUGGAAGCCAUACAAGUAUUUUGCCAGGAACUGCAGCGAUACCUUUGGAUUGACAGACGACCAGCACUGGCCUGGGGCAAGUUGUACAUCCAGAUAUUCAGAUCCAGUCCCUUGUACCCGAGGGGAGGUGAUAUUCCGCGCCCUCUCCCCGCCUCGUCCCGUGCGUGACCCGUACAGCCUCGGGGCCCAGGAGCGGCUGAGAGUCACCAACCUGCGUGUCCGGAUGCUCAAACGCCAGGCCUGCCCCUGCUCAGCCCAGGACAGCGCCCUCAAGCCCCAGGCCUUCGCGCACUACGCCAUCUACGACUUCAUCGCCAUGGGCAGCUGUUUCUGCAACGGCCACGCUGAGCGCUGCGAGCCAGCCGAGGGCUUCGCUCCAGACCCGGGCAACCCCCAGACUGUGAUCCAUGGCAAGUGUAUCUGUGAGCACCACACGAUGGGGGAACACUGUGGGACUUGUACCCCUCUGUACAAUGACUGCCCGUGGAGGCCAGCGGACGGGAAGAAGGGACUGGCAAACCAGUGCCAAAAAUGCAAGUGCAAUGGCCACGCGCAGAGCUGCCACUUUGACCUGGGCGUGUGGCUGGCAUCAGGCAAUCGCAGUGGCGGGGUGUGCGACCACUGUGGGCACAACACACAGGGGCAUCGCUGCCAACUGUGCCAGCCCGGCUUCUUCAGGAACCUGCACGUGCCACAAUCUGCCGUGGACACCUGCCUGCCCUGUUCGUGCCACGGGGUGGGCUCCACCAGUGUGCCCCUGCAGCCACACUCACCCUGUGAUGCCGACACGGGCCAGUGCCUGUGUAAGCCUGGAGUGGCCGGGCCCCGCUGCGACAAGUGCCUGCUGGGAUACUGGGGUCUCGGCCAAUAUGGCUGCCGACCAUGUGACUGCGCGGGAAGCUGUGACCCUUACACCGGCGACUGUAUCGGCAGCCCUGCAGAUACUGGCUGGCACCGUGGGUCUCCCAGCCUGGCCCUUUCCUCUGGAUUCAAUGGAAGGGGUCCCACCUGGAACUGGGAGGAGGAGCAAGGUUUCUCCGCUCUGCGACAUUCAGGGAAGUGCGAGUGCAGAAGCCAAGUCUUAAAAAGCCCCCAGUUAUUCUGCAGCAUGAAGUUCACAUACGUCCUCAAAGUAAAGAUUCUCUCAGCCCACGACAAGGGGUCACACGCAGAGGUCAAUGUGAAGGUCAAGAAGGUGUUUAAACGGACCAAGUUAAAGAUCCAGCGGGAAAAGUGGAUCCUUUAUCCUGAGUCCUGGACAACCAGAGGAUGCACCUGCCCCGUUCUCAAUCCUGGUAUGGAGUACCUGAUAGCGGGGCACGAGGAUGCCCGCACCGGCCGCCUGGUGGUCAACAUGAAGAGCUUCGUGCAGGCGUGGAGGUCGGACCUGGGGCGGAGAAUGGGCCACAUCCUGAGAUCCAAGUGCUAGUGGUGGCCGGAGCGUGGGUUUCUCGAGGAGUCGAGAGCAGGUCUCUCUCCCGCGGGAAACCUUGAGCGGAGAAUUGCUCCAUCGACGCUCCAGGAGAACGGCUGCAGAUCUAAACAUGAUCUGCUGAACUCCUUGAUGUUUUUUUUCUCCUCCAUCCUCCCCCCCCACCCCCCUUCAAAAAGAAGACUCUUGCUUUUUAAUAUAACGCACUUUAUUAGAUGGCCAUCAUGGCGAGAGAAAGAUUACGGGACGGGCAACUUGAGAAGUCUAUCUGGAUGCUGACGGACCCAGUAGCGGGAAGGCAGUCGCACUACCUGCUUCCGUCCACAAUAAGGGCUCGGAGGAGCUGAGGGAGCUUUAGCAUCCACUGAGACAAGGAGACAAGGUGAACGGGAAGAGUCGUGAUCCGACAGCUGAUUGUUGGUUGCUUUAGUGCUGAGAUCGAGGACAGACGGACGGACAGACAGACGGAGGAUAAGCCAAGCUGCACAGGUCAGCUCCAAACUCCCUCUCUGACUCCUGGUCUGUAGAAGUUGCCUUUCAGGCCGUGCCGUGCGCCUGGUUCUAAGCUCCUGCCUCCAUCGACCACCGAACUCAAUGAAUAAAUACACGUUUUCCGCAGUUGAACGAUAGGUUUUGAUUUUGGUAGAGGUGGAACUUUAUGCACUGGAUUUGUAAGGGAAAAUUGCAGUGUUACGCGACGAUACGUAGACUUUGAAUGAUGAUGUAUAGCUACGUGUAUGCACUUCGCAGUCCUAUGGAUUUGCAAAAUUUGACAUUUUGCCAUUUAUUUUUUACUCAAUUCAUGAAAUAAAAUUGGCACAGUUGU